GAGACUUGUGUGAGUACACCAUCGCUUACAGAUUGUCCAAUGUCCUCCUUCCAUAAAAUUAGAACUUGUGAAAACAAAAACUAGAAAAACAAAACCAGGAAACGUUUCAACAGAUGGUAAGAAUAGAUUUCCAAAUUCAGACUCUGAUCAGUAGCAAAGUAUAUGCUAAAUCUGAAAUCUGGUCCUAAAACUCAGUCAAUUAUUAGCAAUUUACAAAUUGCCUGCUAUUGAAAAAAGUUAUCUGUGAAUGGGUGUGGGAUGCAGGGAUGGACAAAGUUGUCAGUUUAGGUUUCUCUCAGUUACUCAUUUUUCCAGUCUUGGUUUUUCAAUCUUGAGGAAUUUCUCCACUCUCAACUUUGAUUCAUUGUUUGAUAACUUUUCUAAAAUUAAAAUUCAUAUGAUUUUUCCCUUGCACAUUUCUUUGAAUACAAGCAUCUUCUCUGCAUUUUUGCCUAACAUUCAUUUCUUUGCAAGCAAUUUUCCUAAUAUAAUGCAUUUUGAUAUGAUUUCUCCAAAAACACACAUUUGGUAUACUUUUCUUUUAUAGGAAAGCUCCAUUCCAAAAUUUGGAGAAGUGCUAAUUUUGAAGAACAACUGUUUUGAUUUGUAGAGAGGCUUGAAAGUGUGAAAUUAGGUAAAUGUGCAUUGAAAUGCAAACCGAGGAACUGUUUCCUUACUGCUAGUGUGAGGGACUGUAGUUAGUACAGAACGCAGAGCCCCAGUGUAGACACGAAAUCUGUCAGUGACGGUUAGGGUGUGGGGUGUGUGUAUAAAGGACAGGAUUUUGCCUUCAUCCAGAAAUGUCCCUAAUACAGACUUUUACUUUUCCCUAUAGAGGUGAAUAGUGAACUUUCCCUUAUAUGAUAGAAAGGAACCUUAGGCUGCUUGACCCUGAAGACAGUAGCACCAAUUCCAUCUAAUUUCUUUAUCUCUCAGGUCACAAAUUUAAUAGGAUUUAAAGAUGUACCCUGGAGGUGUUUUCCAAUACUGGGCCUUUAGUACUUGGAUUAGACUUGUAGUAAGAAAGUUUUUCUCUCUGAUUUAGUGAGUGGAGCAGAUUGCUAUGUAUCACUGAGGCUACCAACAGCUUCAAAGGAGGAAGUGAAAACAGAAACCAUCAAGAAUUCCAGUGUGCCUGUGUGGAAUGAAACCUUCUAUUUCAUGAUACAGAGGCAAGUGAAGGUAGGAAAUCAGCAUCUCUUGUCUUUGAGUCUCAGAGAAUCUGUAUUCAGAGCUUCUCAAGAGAAUUGAGAGGGAUGGAUUUUGGAUUGGCGUUCUUUGAUCAUGAAAAUUAAUGUAUUACUAAUUUUUUUACCCACAAUACCUUCUCCUGUACAGAUCAGCAGUUGAUGAAUUUGAAGCUUACAAGCAUGCACAGGUUGUUGCAGUUCUUGUUGUGAGAAACUUUCUUAUUUUCAGAACAUUCUAGAACUGAGGAUUUAUGAUGAAGACCCACUCACUAAGGAUGAUCUUCUUUUUACUGUUCUCUUUGAUGUUGGGGAAGUCAAGCCUGGAGAGACAUUCCUUGUAAAUUUUAUUCUGAAUUCAGAGAAAAAUGAAGAACUAGAUGUGGAAUUCAGAGUGAAGGAAAAGUAAGUAGCAGAAAUGGGACACUAUUAUGGAUUCUUUAUGGAAUGGGGAACAAAUCAAAAUAAAUGAGUGUAAAUUGGUAUAUUUAUAGAUGUCUUUAUGGCAUAUUAUGAUGAUGAUGAUGAUGAUGAUGAUGAUGAUGAUGAUGAUGAUGAAUGUAACGAGCAGAAAGUAGCAAGACCUGUAGGGUAAAACUAAUUAUAUCACCUGUCAGUGAGAUGUUGAAAGAUCCUGGUGUAUUGUGAGAAAAAUUCUCAACAGUUGCUUGUGCAGGCAUGAAUUUACUUGUACACAGUAAAUACAGCUAUUAUAACUUUUACAAAAGCACAGGGAAGUGCUGAUUAUUAAAAGACAGUAGAGUUUUCUCAGCAGGAUUAAAUGAAAUGAAUUACAAGAAUGAUGAAUAUGGUAGAAGUUUGUUUCAAACUUCCCAAGAUCAUUAUUAGAUAAGUGGUUAUUACAUUUGUUUAAUUUAUGCAUAAACAAGUUUGAUUAUAUCCAGCAGAGGGCGGUGAUGCACAAAAAAGCAAAUUAAUGUGUACAUUUUAACACAACAGCACUAAAUGCAACUUGGGUACAGUCAGAGCAAACUAAUAACAUUGACUGGGGAUUGUUGUAGUCCCACCUCUGAGGUCCUGUGAUUUUGGAACCGCUUCUCUGAAUCACAGUUGGACAAAAAGGGAAAUGCUGGCAGCUGGGAGGGGAGGAUGCUGGACUUGAGGGCUUUCUCCAAUUCCUGUCAGCACCCAGCUGCCUUCUUCCCCUCCCCAAUGCUUAUCUGGAUGGUAGAAAGUAGACAUCUAGAUGAAAUACCCACUACAAGGUGUAAUGGAGACGCAAAUCAUUGUACCACGUUGCAUGCUUAGCAUAGGCUUUGGAGACUUAUAUAUGGCAAGGACAAGGGGCGUAGGAUUGAGCCCUUAGGCACUUCUAGGUCAACGGGAACUUCAACCCCAUUAACCCCCUCUCCUAUUGAACAUGCUCAUGAGAACAUACUAUGCCAGUCCUCUCCCAGCUGCACUGGCUUCCAGUCAAAGUCUGGACCCGAUUUAAAGUUCUAGCAAUAACAUUCAUAAAUCUAAAUGGCUUGGGGUGAGGUUAUCUGAAAGAAUGCCUCAUCCCAUAGGUACCUACCCAGACCUCUAAGUCAACUUUGGCAGUCCUUCUCUGGGAGCCCCUUCCAAAGGAAGUGAGGCUGGAGGGAUACCAGGAGGAGCCCUUUUUGGUUGUGGCACCUGCUUUGUAUUCUUUUCAGUGUCCCGUGAAGAAAUUUUCAUUUUCUCAGCAUUUAUACAAUUUAACUCUUAUUUUUAGCACUGCAUUUUAUCUUGUACUGCUGCUAUGCUUUUAUGCUGAUUCAACUGUAAUUGCUACUGUGGGUUUGUUAUUUUAUCUUAAUUUGUGAUUGUGUUUAACUUAUGUUAAUUGCCCAGAGAACAUAUUGGGUGGAAUAUGAAUAAAUAAAUACAUAAUAAAGGAACUUAAAGCAGUGGGUUUAAACAAGAGAGCAAGCAAGCAAACAAACAAAACCAGAACACUUAAUGGCAGUGAAGGGCUAUUGAACACAGUGGCAUUUACCUCUGAAUAAAUGUGCACAGACAUGUUGCCCAAGUUAAUAUCUUCAGAUGGAUGGAACCCAUAGUUGGCAACUUCCGCACUGGAAGUGAGUGGCACUGAGGGCGGAAUUCCCUUCUGGUUUCCUUGUGAGUGAAGUCUCCUCCUCCUAAUCCUUUUCCAGCCAGGUCUACAUUCAUGGUAAUUGGAACAAGGAACAAUCAAUCACAAAUAUGAAUGCACUGAAUGCAAUUAUUCUUUUUUUAAAGUGCCUUUCCUCCCAUUUUCUAGUUUGGAUCAUCUUGAAAGCCUCAUCACAAAUGAUGUUCUUGUGGUAAUAUUUAUAUUUCUUCUUUUUCUAUUUUGGUGGCCACCUUUUGAAUGAGCUUAAUGGUGAAUUCUAAUUCUGUAGUGGAAGGAAUGAAAAAGAGUGGGAUAGAGACCUGUAAUAGAAGGACAUCAAGGAACUAUUUUUACAGCAUGUUCUAACUGAAUGCCUGAUCCUUUCUGAUGCUCAAAUUUUAAUAACACACACUAUUGUUCAUUUCACACAGUCUCGUCCAGUUUCCUGUUUAAAUGUUUGUGUUACCAAAGGGAAGAGUGUUAAAUAUUCACAAGGUAAGUGGAGGUAGCUAUUAAUCUCUCAAAAAAUAAGUACUUCACUGAUAUACAAUUCCUUUCUCUUUUCUUAGAAUCAAGAGAAUGGGCUUAGGUAAAAUCAUAUUUUUCUGUCUAUUUUGCUUGGUUAAGCAACAUCUUUAUAUUCUGUUGCAUUUGGACAAUAAAAGCAAGACUUGUGACGUUGCCAAAUGUCAUGUCAUCACAAGUCAGCAUGUUGGUUGAAACUUGUCCAUUUGAUAGGUUCAUCUUUGUGAUAAGCCUGGAUCAAUGUAGGAAUUUGUUGUUAAGAGCACAAGCCUAUGCAUGUUUGGAGAGAAAGAAGUCCUCAGGGCUGGAGCAUGCAUGGAGUUUUUCCUGGUGAAACAUUUAUGGGAUUGUUCCUAAAGUUUGGAACUGAUUGCAAGCUUUGGAGCAUGCACAGUAAAGUAGUGUACAGAUUUCCCCCCUAAAAUUUCAGGCACCCCAUCACUCAGAAUCCCACCCCAAACUCCCUUGAAGCAGUCCUUGCAGCUGCUGCUUUCAUCACUGCCACUGCUGUGACACUUCCUCCUUUGGAAGGAGGAGAAGAAAUUCUGUGGCAUUCACCUUUGUAGUGGUGACCGGAGAUGUCAAGUCAACAACAUACAGCAUCAUCAUGCAGGCAGUGAUGAAUGGCUUUAAAAAGGGAUUGGACAGAUUCAUGAGGGAGAAGGCUAUCAGUGGAUACUAGCCUUGUGAGUGAGGUGCUUCCUCCUUUACCAGAGGUGGCUGCCUGCAUGCAAGGAACUCGGGCAGGUGGAGUUCCUACACCCAUCCUGCCUGAGGGAUCCUGUGGGCUGCUGGUUUGCCACUGUGUGUAUGGAGUGUUGGCCUAGAUGAACCUUUGGUCUGAUCCUGAAAGGCUUUUCUUAUGUUUUUAAAAAAACAACCAAUCAGAAGGGGGAGCAUUAUGUGAUGACUCAUGCCAUCAUGCUUGCACCGUGCAAUCUAGCUUCCAAGAUGCAUCUUGAUAUUCCAGAUGUGCAAAAACCUUGUAUGCAUGGAAGAAGACUAUGCUUUAAAGGAAAACUCUUGUCUCAACACACAUGGACAAUUUGUUACUGUCUGUGUAAAUAAUGAAUUGAUGCACAAUAAGUUGCACCCACCAUGAAUCAAGAAUAAAUGCAUACAGAAUGCCUAAGUGGUCUUCAUUUUAAGUGUAUGCAUGCUGAAGCCACAGCAGUCCCAGGAGAAACUAUGGUAGCUUAUUAAUAUCUGGACUGAAUUGAAGGAUAUUUUUGAUCUAAAAAUAUGGAUUCUAUGUGUUUUCCCUUUAAUUUGCUCACAUUCAGAUACUGAUUUAAUUUUGCUUUUUACAUUUUUACUCUAUCCUUCAAUAUAUCUAUUUCCAGCUAACAAGGUAAUUUGGGAAAAAAGGCAGCUUUGAUCAAUUAAAUGUAAUGCAACUGUUGAUGUUAAAAACGAUUUAAAAUCCCUUAAAAUGAUGGGUGAAUAAAAAGGUUUUUACCUGGCACCGAAAAGUGCAUAAUGUUGGCACCAGGUGAACCUCUCUGUGGAGCACAUUCCACAAUCUGGGUGCCACCACAGAGAAGGCCCUCCUCCGGGUAGACACCCUCUUAACCUCCUUCAGGAAGGGUUCCCAGAGGGUUCUUGCUAUGAGCACAUCUACCUGCUAAGAUAGACCUACUAUAAGCUCAUCUACUCUGAAAGAGCUCAUAGCAACUCAGUUCCUCCUCUUUUGGCUAAGACAGUCCUUGGCAAUAUCUACCACCACUUGGUAGAACUUAAAUUAGAAAUAAACAUAAACAAUCAUAGUAUCAAAUGUUAAACUGGAGUUUGGAAGCAUGAAUAUUUUAGAUGGUAUUUCUUUGUGUUAUCUGCCCAUGCAAGUUUAUGGACUGGCUUGUUUUGCUAUCCAUCCAAUGGCUAGAUGGCUACUUGUACACAAAGGUUUCCAGAUGGUGUUGUCACUUUCUGGUGUGACUUAUUUGGGCAUCUCUGUUGUAGAGGAAGAUGACCUUGAGCUGAGAGUGAAAGGAUCAUAUGAAGAUACACGGAGAACUGCUCUGGAAUCCGGAUUGAAACAGUGCUUUCAGUUCCACUAUCCAACGUACUGGGAACCAUCAUUAAAUGCUGAUCUGCAGCACUGCUCAAGUAAUGGGGAACAAGACAAGCAGAAGUCUUCUGCUUCUGUGAUUAUGCCUCUAAAAUUACUUUCUGCUGGUCAGAAGGUGAAAGUAACUGUUCCUGUGUCAGAGGAUAGUAAUUUAGAGCUGAAGUUAAAGACACAGCCUUGUUUGAAACACUGCAGUGUGCGUCUGGGAUUCGAUCUAUGUGGGGAGGAGAAGGCUUUUCUGCGCAGACGAAAGCAGGUGGUUGCUGCUGCUCUGAAACGUGUCCUUCAGCUCCAGGAUGAUCUACUAGACCAUGAGAUUCCAGUAAUGGCAGUCAUGGCAACUGGAGGCGGAUGCCGAGCAAUGACAUCUCUUUAUGGGCAGCUCUCAGGACUCAAGAAGCUGGGUCUUCUGGACAGUGUAACUUACAUUAGUGGCACCUCAGGCUCCACUUGGGCCAUGUCAAAUUUGUAUGAAGAUUCCAGUUGGUCCCAAAAAGAUUUGGAAAGGCCGAUCCGUGAGGCAAGGAGGCACAUGUCAAAAAACAAGAUGGACACCUUCUCUCUGGAGCAUCUGAGGAGUUAUCAAAAGGAGCUGAGCCAGAAUGCUAAGGAGGGCAUCUCUACAUCUUUUAAUACUUUAUGGGCUAUGGCUCUUGACAAUAUCUUGCAUGAUAGGGUGAACAAUUGUAAACUCUCCGAUCAGCAGCAAGCUGUGAGUCAAGGGCAGAAUCCCCUACCCCUUUAUUUAGCCCUCAGUGUGAAAGAAAACCAUAUCUCUACUUUUGAUUUCAAAGAAUGGUGUGAAUUUUCUCCUUAUGAAGUUGGUUUGCUGAAAUAUGGUGCAUUCAUUCAUGCAGAGGAUUUUGGAAGCGAAUUCUUCAUGGGGCAGCUAAUGAAGAAAAACCCAGAGUCCCGGAUUUGUUAUUUAGAAGCAUUAUGGAGCAACAUCCUUGGUGUGAAUCUGCUUGAUAUCUGGAAUAACCUGAGCAGUACAGAUGAAUCAUGGCAGAAACUUAUCCGAAGCAAAAUAUGGAAUAUUGAGAGAAAUUAUACUCCACAGAAAAGCUCUACUUGCUUGGGUAACUCUUGGAUGUGCUCUGAUGGGAAGCUCUUUCAGAUCAUAAGUGACAUUUUAACUGAUCGUCCAUUGCACCAUCACAUUAACAACUUCCUUAAAGGGUUCCAUAUGCAUAAAGACUACUGUCAGAAGAGCCAGUUUUCUAUGUGGAAAGAUACUCGACUAGACCAGAUCCCUAAUAGACUGACACCAUCAGAAGACAGCAUCUGCUUAGUUGAUGCAGCAUAUUUCAUCAAUACCAGUUGUCCUCCUCUCUUGAGGAAGGAAAGGAAAGUAGAUGUCAUCUUAUCCUUUGAUUACUCUCUGGAUCACCCUUUCCAGUCAAUUGAACAGACCAAAAAUUACUGUUUGGAGCAGGGAAUUCCUUUUCCGAAGAUUUUAUUGAGUGAGGAAGACAAGAAGAAUCCUAGAGAAUGUUACCUAUUUGUAGAUGAGGAGAAUAAAAAAGCCCCUAUCGUACUUCAUUUCCCACUUGUAAAUGAUACGUUCCAGAAAUUUAAAGAACCAGGGCUAGAACGUGGUCAAAUGGAGAUGGCAGAAGGUACAGUUCCCCUUUCUGGAUAUUACUCACCGUAUCAUCUGAUGAAUUUCACCUAUUCAGAGAAGGACUUUGACAAACUUGUGAAACUGAGUGACUACAACAUCCGGAAUAACAGAGACUUGAUUUUUGAAGCUUUGUCCACAGCUAUACAAUGGAAAAGAUGUUGCAGACAGUGAAAUCUGUAUGCAACUGUGCGACUCUUUAAGGCUUCCUCCUUCCUUUGUACUACUGCCAUUGGGCUUUCACCAGUUGUCCGGCUUCCCUUAUCCUGAUAUAUCAUCAAGCUUUUUGAUUUUCCUUUGAAGGAAGAUGUCUAGGCUCAAAACCCUACAACAGGCUUUAGUCUGAAGCUUACUUCUUAGAGAGUAAGUCAUAUUUAACUUAGGGGGACUCACUCAUGAGCAAACCUGCCUCAGAUUCCACCAUAAGAAAUGCAAUGGCGACAUUUUGAUUCUUCCUGCAUUCCUUUGUUUUUUGGCCCAAAGGACUCUUUUGAUAUUAAGGAACAGAGGAGGAAGUGACUCUUUAAGCCAUGGGUCAUCAAACUAUGGCCCGUGGGCUGGAUUUGGCCCACCAUGCCCGUUAUCUGGCCCACCUCGGAGGUUUUGAACUUGCCAAGUGUGUGCCUCACCCCGUGUGCGGGAAGACAGUGGCUUGCUCGUGCUAAGAUUGUUCUGGACUCGCUCGGAGAAAACAAUCUCCAAGUGAGCAAGCCACUGCCUUGCGCACCUGCCUCGCCACGCGUGCCUCCCCUUCCCUCACCGUGUGCACCCAUGCGCCCGUGCCUUGUCUCACUCACCUCACCGUGCCUGCGCACCCCAACCCUGCCCCUGCCCCCUCGCCGGCCUGCGUGCACCACCAGCACCACCUUUCUGGCCUGUGCCCAGCACCGGCACCUUUCAACUGGCCCCCUGGUGAAAAAGUUUG